AUGGCAGCUGAUGUUAUUUUGCAAGUUCUGGAUGCCAGAGAUCCUUUGGGUAGUAGGUGUCCACAGAUUGAAGAAAUGGUCAUCAGCAGAGGAAAGAAGCUAGUGUUGGUAUUAAAUAAAAUCGAUCUGGUUCCUCGAGCAAGUCUUGAAGCUUGGCUAAAAUAUCUACGCCAAGAACUGCCAACUGUUGCUUUCAAAGCUUCAACACAAUCACAGAAUACAAACCUCUCUCAAUCUAAGGUUGCCGCUAUUCAUAUCAAUGAAAGCUUAAAGCAAUCAAGCAGAUGUGUUGGUGCUUCUUUUCUAAUGAAAGUGCUAGGAAAUUAUUGUAGAAGUCAGAAUAUUCAAACCCUAAUAAAAGUGGGAGUUGUUGGCUUUCCUAAUGUCGGUAAAAGCAGUGUCAUCAACAGUUUGAAGAGGUCAAGAUCAUGUGGUGUGGGUGCUACAGCAGGUGUGACCAAGUCCGUUCAGGAAGUAUCAUUAGAUAAACACAUAAAAAUUUUGGAUUCUCCUGGUGUUGUUUUUGCAAAGGACGGCUCUGCUACGACAUUAGCACUGCGGAAUGUUGUUAAAGUUGAAACAUUAAAAGAUGUUAUCACUCCAGCUGAGGCUAUCAUACAAAGAGCAGAUCACACUCAACUUCGACUACACUACACCGUACCCGAAUUCACGUCGACUCAUGAAUUGUUGUGUUUGUUAGCCAAAAGAAUGGGCAAAUUUAAAAAAGGUGGCAUUCCCAAUGUUGAGGAAGGUGCUAGACGUCUAAUUAAUGACUGGAAUAGAGGGUAUAUUAAAUAUUAUACACAUCCUCCUGAGGUUUUCAAGCCAUCUACAUACAUAAGCACAACUUAUGUUGCAGAAAUGAGCAAAGCAUUUGAUAUUUCUUGUCUGGAAGAGCAAAUGGAACUUGAUAAAGCUCCAGGAGUAUUUCCCAGCAGAGGUGUUGCAGUGCAAUCUACUGAACCAACUGAAGGGCGAUUAGAGGAGACAGGAGGCUCAAAUGAAAUGGAGACGGAAGAUAACGAGUCAACCAAUCGAGAAGUUACUGUAACUUUUGAUGCCAAGAAAAAGAAAAGCAAAAAUAAUGAGACUGAUAUCGCUAUGAAUGACCUACAAAAAAAUAAAAUGGUAAAGAAGAGGUUUAAGCAAAUGAAAAAGCGCCGCAAGAAGCUGGAUAAGGAGGCAAAUAGUGUCGCUGAAACUAUUGAAUCGUUAAGUUUUGAUUAGGUUUAGAAAUGACUGAAAUAUUAAUCUGUUAUUGUUUCAGUAGCUAUUAUAGCUAUAUUUUCAGUAGCUAUUUGUAUUUAUAAAAAUUUGGUUAGUUGAAAGGUCAA